AAACAAACGGUGGGAUUGUUUUUUUCUUUAAAUUUUAGGAAAUUCUAUGGCGGCUGGGUCAGGUCAGGAAAAUCAAAUACGCUGUGAAAAAUAUUCGAUUUUUUGAAAGAAUAUUUAUCAUGCUCAAUAUCACUCACGAUGCUGUUUUAAAAUAAAAUUUAGAACGAUUUUUCUCAAAACAUUUCGAAAGUCGUGCAAACACUACUUAACGAACAAUUUUUCCUUCGUUCUGGCAACACUGCUAUCCAUCCAUCGAGACUUUCGUUCAAUUUUGACAGUUCUAUUGCGCGGGUAUUUUGCUUCCAUUUCGAACAAAAAAAAUCAAAACAAAACAUCACAAGUGAAUUGCGCGGCCAAUAGCCGUUGUAUCUCUGCCGCACGAACAAUCCGAGGGAAAAACAAUGUUCGCGAACAAACCGAAACAACCCAAACCGGACGAAGGGGACGCCGUCGAAGAACCGGACCCGGAACACCUGCAGGCACUGUCCGCCAGCUUUGGCCACACCGCAUUCCGUCCGAUGCAGUGGCGCAUUAUCCGUUCCAUCAUCGUCCAGCGCCGAGACAAUUGCGCCAUAAUGGCCACGGGGUACGGCAAAUCGCUCACCUACCAAUACCCGUCUGUCUACCUAAAUCGGCUCACAUUCGUCGUAUCACCGCUGAUCAGCUUGAUGCAGGAUCAGGUACUGUCCCUGAAUCUGUGCAACAUUCCCGCCUGUCUACUCGGGACGGCCCAGCGACAAAAUCCGGUUCCGGACAUAAAGGCAGGCCAGUAUCGUGUCGUCUAUCUCACACCCGAGUACAUAACGUCUGAUUCCGGGCAGGCAUUGCUAAAAUCGGUCGCCGAACAGCUCGCCCUAAUCGCCAUCGAUGAGGCACACUGUGUGAGCAAGUGGGGACACGAUUUCCGACCCGCCUACCGUAACCUGGGCUCGAUCCGCGAGCUUUGCCCCCGCGUGCCAAUACUGGCCGUUACCGCUACAGCAACACCCAAGGUGCGGGACGAUAUCGUAAAGUGCUUGAAGCUGGUUCGGCCCCAAAUUCUCUGCACCGGCUUCGAUCGACCGAACCUGGAGUUUAUCGUGAGAUCUAAAGGCAAUUUAGGACCACUGCAUGACAUACGACCGCUGCUGGCAGAGAACCGGGAGGGAAGCACCAUCAUCUACUGCUUGACGCGCAAGCAGACGGACGAAAUCGUUGCGCUACUGCAGGGCAAACGCAUCGAGUGCGAAGCGUACCACGGUGGCAUAUCGCUCGGACAGCGCAAACGCGUGCUGGAAAACUUUGUGAACGAUCACGUGCGCAUCAUGGUGGCAACGAUUGCGUUCGGCAUGGGAAUCGAUAAGCCGGACGUACGGCUGGUCAUACACUACGGUGCGUCGAAGGAUCUGGAAAGCUACUACCAGGAGGCGGGCCGUGCCGGUCGCGACGGCCAACCGGCCCGGUGCAUUAUGUUCUGGAGCCAGGGCGACUUUAAGACGCAUGAAUUUCUGCGCGCCGAACAAUCGAACACGCUGAAAGCGAACCAAGAGCAGCUGGCACGCAAGAUGGCCGAGUACGUGGAGCUCCGGGACUGUCGGCGCCGCUUCAUACUGGCCUAUUUCGAGGGCGUACUGACGGCGGUGGACAAAGGCGAGGAGAAGCAGGCAACGGCGGUAGCGAAACGAUGCUGUGAUAACUGUACGCGGGGCGGUGUGGCAAAGGAUUGCGAGCGGUACGAGGGUUUGGAUGCGGAAGGCCGAUACAAUUUUGGCCCCGAUGCGGAUGCGUUGCUCCGGGCGAUGGGCGCGUUCCACGGUAGGGUAAAUCUAGGCAUGCCGAUCCUGCUGCUGCGAGGGUCGAAGAACAAGAAGCUACACGAACGAUUCUACAGCCAUGCACUGUUCGGGAAGGGUAAGCACAGGGAUGAGGAGUGGUGGAAGGCACUCGGCGCACUGCUCGACCGGGAAGGCUAUCUGAGCAAAACGACUGUCGCGAACCAGUACAACAGAUUUGCCCAAGCCGUCUACUUCCAGGUUACACCCACCGGACAGCGGUGGCUCGAUGGGAGCGACCAGAAGGACCGCCAGCUGUUGAUCAAACCCACCACGACCAUGUUUAAAUCGCUCAAGGUGAUCAAACCCGCCUCGCUGUACGAGAAAACGCAGCUGCCGGUGGCGGUACGGACCAGCAAACAGCAGGACGUUACGCACGAGCUGGUCAAAUCGUUGCUUAAAAAGCGUGCCGAACUGGCCACCACGUUCGAGUGUAUGCCGUACAUGAUCGCUUCGAACGUAGCGCUCCAUCAGCUUGCCACCCGGAAACCGCUGAACGAGCAGGAGAUGAAAGACGCCCAGCUGGAUGGAUUUUCCGACGCAAAGCUGCAAAAGUUUGGACGAGAGUUUUUGGUUUGCAUCCAGCAGCAGCUUAAUCUGCUGCCCGAUCUUCCCCCAUCAUCCAGCCAACCGUCGGCCCAGUACGAACAGCUUACGGCAACGAAAUCGACCAGCUAUUCGCUGUGGCGCGAUGCAAACAAAUCGAUCGCCGAGAUCGCUACCACUCGGAGCCUGAAGGAGGCCACCAUCAUCGAACAUUUGUGUGACGCUAUCCGGGCGGGACUACCGUUCGAGGAGCGGGAUCUUACCCGGUUAGGUGUGGCGCCGGAUGUGUACGCAGCGAUAGCGUCCCGUUUGCCCGCAAACUUGGACGAAUCGUGUACGCUGACGUCCAUCAAGGAUCGAUGCCCGCCGGAGAUAACGUUCAACCAGGUGAAGGUUGUGCUUGUCUGGGAGCGGCAACGGCGGGCCAACGCGAAGAAGAACCGUGUUGCGGAGGAAUCGAUUCCGAAAGACCCGGUGAAGGAUGCUACCGAUAGCUUGCUGAACGACAUGCUCUCCGAUGACGAUGAGGAUUUGUUUAUGAGCACAGGACAGGAAAAGCGAGCUAGUGCGACCGGUCCGGAUGAAGGUAGUGGAGCGACAAGGGCAACCGAACAGACCACCGAACCGCAGCACAACACCAGUGCCAUAGAUGAUAUGCUGAACGACGACGAUGACGAUAUGCUUGACUUUGCCGAGCUCGACCGUCUCGAGGCGUCGAUGGUGGAUGACAUUCCGUGCUCAUCAUCGCCACCACCACCACCCCAUUCCCCAUCGCUUCUUGAGCUACCACGUGGUGCAGCGCAAUCGGACCAGCCUGUUAAAAUCGCCGGCCCAUUGCAAGGAAAUGUCGACAUACCUGCACCAAAAGCUGCCCCCAAACCUCGUACCGUUAGCUCGAAGCGUAUCAUCUACGAAGACGAUGAGGAGGAGGAUGAUGAUAGCGAUAAAGAGGAUAAGGAUGCUAAUCGACUGUUUACCUUCCGGUUGCCGAAACGAAAAUCAUGAAGACAUAAUGAUGCUGCUGGCUGGUCUGUCUGAGAUUGGGCACUCCCUUGGGUCCAACUCUCUUGAGGGUGAGGAAAGAUAAUAAAUCAGAUUCGUUUAACUAUUUCCUGUC